ACGCAAAUCCUCGUGCACGUCUCCUUCCUCCUGCUCCUCAACAUCGUCAACCACCUUCUCGAUGCGCUUACCUAUUGCGGGCUGGUCGGGCAAGUGCUCCUCGGCGUAUUCUGGGGCACACCACUCGGCGGCCUCCUCCCACGCACAACCGAGAGCACCGUCGUAACACUCGGCUACCUGGGGCUGAUCCUGAUCGUGUACGAGGGCGGGCUGAACACCGCUCUGCGGCCGUUGAUGCAGAAUCUCGUGCUCUCGAGCAUCGUCGCGGCCACUGGCAUCGCGCUUCCGAUCGCACUGUCGUUUCUACUGGGACCCCUGGCGGGCGCGACGAGCUUGCAGUGCUUUGCGGCCGGCGCUGCCCUCUCCGCAACGAGUCUGGGUACCACGUUUACCAUCCUGGCCAGCGCGGGCAUGGCGGAUACGCGUUUGGGCACUGUGCUCACCAGCGCGGCUAUGAUGGAUGAUGUUAUCGGGCUGGUGAUGAUUCAGGUUGUGGCGUCGCUUGGUGGGAGUGGGGGUAAUGUCAGCGGGGAGGCGGUGGCAAGGCCGGUGGGUGCUAGUGUUGGGCUGUUGAUUGCGGUUGUGAUUGGGGGGUGGGGCCUGAAACGGACGCUGGGGACAGUCGAAGUGAAGGGGUGGGGGGAAACGCUGAAGGCGAAGGUGGUAAUGCAGACGGCGAUGCUACUCGCCGUGGUGACGGCGGCGAGUUACGCUGGUGCUUCGGUGCUUUUUGCGGCCUUUUUGGCGGGUGCUGCGGUGGGCUGGUGGGAUGAUGUCCGCACGAGAGGGAAAACGGGUGAUAGAGUCUCUGGGGUACAUGUCUUCGAGACCUAUUACUCCCCCAUCAACAGGCGGCUUUUGGCACCGUUCUUCUUCGCAUCAAUUGGCUUUUCGAUCCCAAUCCGCCAGAUGUUCGCCGCCACAACCGUCUGGAAGGGGCUGGUCUACUCCCUCCUGAUGGUGCUCGGAAAACUAGCUACAGGCGUCUGGCUCCUCCCCGUAUCGCCGGUGCUGACAACGGUAUCGCAACGGCUCCGCGAAUUGCGGAAGCUGGGCGUCACACCCGCACCUCCAAUUCCCCAUACUCCCCAAAGCACUCCCACUACUACUACCACCGAACCCAAAUCGUCGGAGGCCGCUUCCCCCGCAAUCGCCGCCGCAGAAGACGCUAAACCCCCGAAAUCCCUCUACCCAGCCUCGAUUCUUGGGCUAGCCAUGGUGGCGCGCGGAGAAGUUGCAUUCCUUAUCGCAUCCGUGGCCCAGUCCUCGGGGAUAUUUGAUUCCUCCGAGGGAUUGUAUCUCAUUGUCGUCUGGGCCGCCAUGGUGUGCACCAUUGCCGGCCCGCUGGGCGUGGGCAGUCUUGUGCGCCGGGUGAAGGCGCUGGAGAACGCGCGCUGA